GAAAUUCAGCAGCUUCUGAUAGAUAACACUUCCUGGCUUUGGAUGUGUUGUUCAUUUUGUUUUAUGCAUAAUAGGUGGUUCUCCUUAUUCACAGCUCUGCUUACUGGCGUGCUCUCAUCUCAGGCUGGAUGUGCCAUGGCUGCUGAUGUCGUCUAUGCUGAUUUAAACAUCCCGGGAGCCCGCUUACCUCAUCCAUCUCAACCCCACAAUUUCCAUCAGUGUCUGCACUGGCAUCAACUUGUCUUGAAGAUCGGAGCGGCUGGGUACGUUGUCCUGCUGAUGACAGUCAUAGUGCUGAGUGUUUGGGUUUUUCAGGGCUCCUCGGGGAGUGGACAGGCCCCUGAAGGUGAGGCGGUCCCCGAGAGACCCAGAAAUGAAAGCAAAUGCGUCGCCAGCCUGGAGAAAUUGUCUUACCUGAAACAGCACCUGUGUGACCCACCCCAAAGCAGCUCAACAGAGGGCUCCAGGUGCGUACUUUGCCCCAGGGACUGGCUGCCGUACAAGGGGAAAUGUUACUGGGUGUCUAAAGAAACUACAACGUGGAACAGCAGCCGUGACGACUGCUUAACGAAGAGCUCUCGUUUAUUGGUGACCAAGGACCAGGAGGAGAUGGAUUACAUACAGACGAUCACAUCCGAGAAAAAUUCUGUUUGGAUCGGAUUAAAUUUUAAAUCUCCCGAGAGGACAUGGAUUUGGGUAGACGGCUCCCCCUUCAAUGAAAACCUGUUCCUCGGAGCAGGGAGACCCGGUGAAAGAGACUGCGGGGUGUUAAAAAGAAACCAGAUUGCGUCGGAAACCUGCAGCGCUGAAUUAAAAUGGAUUUGCCAGAAAGACGCGCUCCUGAUAUAAGCAAGGCUGGUCCGGCUCUGUUGUUGGUGCAAUUGACGGAGAAAAGGCCUUUCGUCUUGGUCUGUCCCGUGAAGAUUAUCACAAGGGCUACGUACCUUUCUUUGUUCCAUGGUUUGAAACAUCUGGGGUCGGAUCCUCAGCUGACAUAAAUCGGCAGGGUCUCGAUGAAGUCAGCAGACCUGGGGGCCAGUUUACAUGAGAUGGGGCUGAUGCGCCAUGGUUAAUUCACUGCUCUGGCUGCGUGGUCUCAUGUUGUGCUGUUAAGAGUCUUUUCCCCGGUUCUAUCUCGCUCUGAGAGUCACGGUGGGGACUGGACACCAAGCAACUCCCUUGAAGGCUGUCACGGCUUCCAAAAACCACGGACAGCAGGAAGGAGCCCUGCCGCCAACCUGGGGCUGCCAGGUUUUUUAAGCACGGUCCUCACGAAUUGCCUCCCUGCCGUUUAUGGCACUCACUCUCUUCAGGUGUGUUUAACUCAGACCCCGAUCCCGCGGCACUCUAAAAAAAUGUAUUGUCUGAAGAUGUCAGUUCAAUUCAAUGGUCUGUCUAGCCGGGAUCCUCUCUCUGACAGCAGCCACUGCCCCAGAAAAAGGAAUCAAUCUCCUAGAGCCGUGA